CUGUGAUUAUCCUUAUCCCUGAAACCGUAAUAUAGUGAAUUUCGUUACAAUCUCUUCGACUGAAUAACAGAAACAGAGAAAAUUCUGGCCUCUUCCCUCCAUAAAAACCGAAUCUGGCAUCUCCAGAUGUCUUGUUCCAAUAGAACUUGAAAAAAUUGCAGAGCAGAAGAAAUCAUCACAAUGUCACUCAAAUCUCAGAUUCUUUGGAACUGUGUCGCAUUACUCAAUCAUCCUCUUCAGAAACAAACGGUAAGACAAUUCCACCAAUUCCAAUUCCGUCCAAUUCCCACCACUUUCCAUCGUCAUCUCCGCCCUACUCCUCCUCCUCUGUUCCGACCUCAUCUGUUUAACAUGUCUUCGCAAGCUUCCCCUGAUCCUCCAUCGGAUUCAUCAGUCCCCAUUAAGACAGUGAAAGUGGUGGCUAGCGGUAGGGUUCAGAGGGUGCAUUACCGGGACUGGACUGUGCAGAAUGCAACGGAAUUAGGUUUGAAAGGGUGGGUGAAGAACCGAGGAGAUGGCUCUGUAGAAAUUUUGCUUUCCGGGGAAGCUGAUAAGGUGGACGAGAUGCAGGAGCGAUGUCGAACAGGGCCACCCCUUUGCGUAGUUACUAAGUUUCAAUCUUUCCCUUCCACCGAAGAUCCAGGGAUUGGGUUUCAACGCCUACAAAGUUAUUGAUCGCCUAUAUUUUCUAUCAUUAUUUUUAUUUACAAUGUCGUACUUGUAGUUGAACCAUGUUUGUGGGAUUGUCUUCUUCGUUUUAACAUAUUUCGGUUUUGUUUAUUAA